UCAACUUCCCUGUAAAAUAACAACUUCCUGUACGCCAACUGCCGUAAAACUGCCGUUCGUUCCAGAAACUACAUCCGCAACGUCCCUCUAUUGUUUCUUAUUGGCAGUUUUUUUUAUUAUGAAAGACUAGGCCAAAAGUCUCACAGUUUUCUGGUGCCGCCAUAAACCUGAAUUUAUAGAAACCAAAGCAGGCUGUUUUCGAAGCUGGGAAGCUGAAGAAAGGAAAGCAAAACACACAUCUGUCUACGCUUUGAACGCAGAGUCCACUCCAUUGACCGCUGCAGCCAUGCUGACCUGUGAAAUCUGUGGAGAGGAUAUAUUGCUGGCAGAGGACAUGAAGACGCAUCUCCUUCUUAGCCACCUGGAAAAUGACAUGCACUGCCCGCUCUGUUCCCUGUCUGGAGUGUCCUAUGAUGAACUCUGUUUUCACAUCAGCUCUGCGCAUCCAGAGAAGCAGCACACAGUGCGGGGUGUGGCUCAAUACACAUUCAGUUCAGGCUGCUCUGCUGGAACGAACAAAGGUGUAACUGAGAGCGAGAAGCCCCAAAUCUCUCAGUCCUGCUUGGCUGGGGACAGCUGUGAUACAGCUGGUGAAGCGACACCCACCAGUGCCUCUGGCAUCACCUCAUACUCGAUGCAUCCCAAACAGAAUAGUACACCGGAAAGUGGGUGUUCAUCACUUGGGGAUAUUGCACCUAUCACUUUGAAUUUGACAACACGGAGCCCUGAUACCAGACAGGAGUCUGUCAGGCACUAUAAUGAGGACGAAAAUGAAUUUGAAUCUGAGCACAACAAAGCCAAACAGAAACAGCUAUCAUUACCAAGAAAAGAGAAGCUGUUCUCCUGCUCCAUGUGUGCACUGGUCUGCAGCAGCUAUUUCAUCCUGCAGGAGCAUGUUGAGUUGCAUCUGCAAGAACAGCGCUCAGCUGAAGGAGAGAAGAGACUUGAGUGCCCCAUGUGCUCUUUUGUCUCCAGUGACGGCUUCUCUCUGCAGGAACAUGUGGAAAUGCAUUUAGAUCAUGGAGCAGCAGUGAACUGUGCAGGGAGUCCUGGCUCAGACCUGAAGCUGGCCAGACAGCUGCAGCAUGAGGAGGAGCAGAGGAUGAAACAGGAGGAGGCCCAGCAGGAGAGAGAGAAGUUCAAGAAACUGCAGAGGCAGUUUGGUCUGGACGGCAGAGGGGGUUACCGCAGACAGAUGGAGACGACCAUGGAGAGAGCUGUGACAAGGGGCCUAAUGGCCCCUGCAGAGUUUCACCGUAAGAGGGCUGAGAUGAUGGAGUCCCUGGCCUCAGGGGUUGAUGAUGGCAGAACCAGAACUCAGGACAGCUCCAGUAGAGAUGCAACAAAGGUCCCCAACUGGACUCAAACAGGAGACAUUACAGUUCAUGGUGUGAUCAGAGCAUUAGGAAGUUACUACCAGACUGAAUGCAGAGACUUUGUUCAUGUGUGGCUGAGUGCUGACACUGACCACUACUCCUCCUCAGUGGGGGAUAAAGGAUGGGGCUGUGGAUACAGAAACUUCCAGAUGCUCAUCUCCUCUCUACACAGAAUAGACACAUAUUCUCUCUUCCCACAAGAGAAGGCCAUGCCUAAUGUCCCUCGAGUGCAGAGUAUGAUUGAGGAGGCUUGGGAAGGAGGACUAGAUCCACAAGGUGCAUCCCAGUUCAACCACCGGCUGCAGGGAACACGAGCCUGGAUUGGAGCCACAGAGAUCUACAUCCUCCUGACCUCUCUGGGAAUCAGUGCCCGCAUCAUUGACUUCCACCAGCCAACAGGCCCAGGUGACACCCACCCCCGGCUGUUUGACUGGGUGAAGCAGUACUUUUGUCAGUCCACAAGGAGCAGCAGAUUGUCCCCCAGACUCAUUCAGACCUCCCUGCCCCCACUUUACCUGCAGCACCAAGGUCACAGUCGCUCUAUAGUGGGCUUGGAGCAGAAGAAGAAUGGGAGCCUUUGCCUCCUGGUUCUGGAUCCUGGUUCCUCGGUGUCAGAAACCAGGAAGCUGCUGAGCAGGGACACCAUCUCCACAGCUGUCCGCCACAUCAGGAAGUUCCCUGGCAGCCUGAAGCACAAACAGUACCAGGUGGUGGCAGUACAAGGCGUGUUGUCUGUUGAAGAGAAACAGGUGAGCCAUAUUAAACAGAGAAUUGCGUGUGCGUGUGUGUCUUUAACUGCUGACAGUUGACUGCCCUGCUGAGGUUUAGAAUGAAAGUGAUUUACUUUUGUUGUUUGAACUCCGGCCUUAAAAUAGUUAGUUAAAUACUAAGUUAAAUACUUAGUUCAUUCUUAUUCUUAGUCAUGCAGUGUCGUUCCUUCGCUGUGACGUCGUCACGAGUUACUAAUCAAACAAGGGCCUUGUUUGAAGGUCUUUAUACUGCUUGAAUUAGAGGUUUGCAGAAUAUGAUUAAGUGUUAAAUAAAAUACUCUUUAUCUGUAUAUCAGCGAACUU